UGGAAUAUGUCAUCGUUAUUUUUUAGAUAAAGUUUAACAUUAACCAGACACAACUGAACCAAAUAGGUAACAUGGUUGACGUUCAUUUCAACGGCCCACAAACUCAAAGUUAUAUUUUCUGUCAUGAAUUUUAUAACAUAAACAUGCGAUAACAAGUACAACUCGACGGAUAGAGAUCAGCUGUAUAUUGAAGCUGUGCCAUUACGCACAGAGAUAGAGAGAUAUGAAACAUAAACUUCAAUCAAUAAUCAGUUCUAAUGUUAAUCCGUUUAGCACAGAAUAUUGGGAGUUACACCCAUGUUGUCCAAACGGCUCCAAUAAGUGCACCGGGGACCAGAGGCUCUGAAUAUUUUUGAUGUAUUCCGUGACUUUUUUGUCUCCUCUUGCCGCGAUGGAACAGCACUCUCGGUGCGCCUACAAAUGAAGCGUUCUUAAUCGAUAUGGAUGCUCUUACAAAGAAUAUAGCAGUGGUAAUAUAUAUAUUUACAUAUAAAUAACAUACAGAAUGGAAAUAAGAUAUACAGUAAAGCAAUAUGUACAGUAAAUAGUUUUAAGAAUACAGCCAUGUUGAUGUAUGUGAAUAAGAUAGACUGACAUGUGUUAACACAUUUUGCCUGUAAAUAGUUUUCCUCUAGGUGAUUCAGAUAGGCUGGACCAGUGGAUGCUCAACCUGAGAAGACAGAACUGGACUCCCAACAAGGCCUCUCGUCUGUGCAGUGAACACUUUGUAAGCUGUCACAUCGGCACUGAUUCCAGGGGGAGGAAAUGUCCAAAGAACACCGCUGUGCCUACCAUUUUCCACUUCCCAGAGGAAAAAGUGCCAGGAGGAAAAUGCUUGGUGAUCGCCGUUUGUGUUUUUUGGGACAUCACACUGGGAUCACGGACACUGCCACUUGGAACCUCGCACUACCCCUCCCCUUGCACUUUCGAGUCACAUUUGGAAUGAACUUUUUGUAACUUUAUCCUGCCUAUCUGAGUUCUGCUUUUGGCUCCAGAAUUUCUACUAAUCGUAACCGGAGUCUCCUACUAGUUCUCAUUUCUUAACCUCUUAUAACUGUAAUACAUUGGUUCUUUUUGAUAUAUUUCAUGAAUAUAAAUGAUCUGCUUUUUAAUACUUCCCUUAAUUGUUAACAUUAAAACUCUUCUAUAUUCGAUGAUAAAGCACAUCACUUGUAUAGUUUAGAUGGGUAAACUAG